CCUAGGAGGGGUCACACACACCGUCACGGCCGCUUUUGUCUCCAAGUUGUCUUGGGACUUGUCGACGAUUGCACAUCAAAUUCCAGAGAGAUAUCAAUUCGCCAUAAAAACUGAUACCUUGUUCUUCAAAUAAAGCACCCCACAAUACUUGUUUCUCAAUUCUCUCCUCUGCCUCUUUUUCAUAAUUUGCCAAUAUAAAAAAAAAUACACAAUCCUCUCGCUCCAAUUCGAUCCAAAAGCUUUCGUCUUUCCUCAAGCUCAGGCUGAGUUGGAAGCAUUUAAAUCCUCUAUGGGAGAAGCAGCAGCUUUCUUUGUUGAUCAUCUGGAGAAUGGACAACACACCAAUGGUUUUGGCGUCAAAUCCGAAGACAGAGAUACAUCUGUCCAAAUUGGGGAUCGAUCCUAUGUGAUUGGUGGAAGUCAUGAAGGGAACCCAUUGUUCCUUGGAGUUCAGAUCCAUGACAAAACCACCAACAAGUGGUCCAGUCCUACUGUUCUUGGAACAGGUCCUAAGCCCUGUAAAGGCUACUCCGCCAUUGUUCUCAAACAAGGACGGAUCUUGGUUAUCAAAAAAGGCUCAGCUUCCGAUGACUCAAUCUGGUUCCUUGAGGUGGACAGUCUCUUUGUCCGGGAACAAAGGAAACUCUUAGGGAAAGAGGUUGUUGCUUGGAGCAAAGGAGUCAGAGGAAACGCAGAGAAGCCUAUAGUCAUAAGCGGUCCUUCCGGAGUUGGUAAAGGAACGCUUAUAACGAUGCUCAUGAAAGAGUUUCCUUCGAUGUUUGGAUUCUCCGUGAGCCACACAACUAGAUCUCCGAGGUGUAUGGAGAAGAACGGUGUUCAUUACCAUUUCACUGAUAAAACUGUGAUGGAGAAAGAGAUUAAUGACGGGAAGUUUCUUGAGUUUGCUUCUGUUCAUGGUAAUCUCUACGGAACUAGCAUUGAGUCUGUUGAGGUAGUAACAGAUUCAGGAAAGAGAUGUAUUCUUGACAUUGAUGUUCAAGGAGCGAGGUCUGUGAAGUCAAGUUCUCUUGAUGCGGUAUUUAUAUUUGUGUGUCCUCCUUCAAUGAAGGAGCUUGAAGAUCGGCUCCGUGCUCGAGGAACUGAGACAGAGGAGCAGAUUCAAAAGCGGCUUAGAAACGCCGAAGCUGAGAUCAAAGCGGGGAAGUCCUCAGGCAUUUUUGAACAUAUCUUGUAUAAUGACAACCUCGAGGAGUGCUACAAGAACCUCAAGAAUCUCUUGGGGAUAAACGAUGACGCUCCUGUGAAUGGUGUAGAAGUAGAAGGGAUCAAUCUUCCCAAGGAGCACACAGUGACAAAGAUGGAAGAUAAGAUUAUGAUUCAAGAAACAGGAGAAGCAACCAAGAAUGACAUGAUCGUGUUGGAUCUAUCUUCAAUUAACGGGGGAGCACCAGGGAGAACAAGAGGGAUCGUUCUGGACACGGUGAAGUCCAGUUAACAAAGAGUCCUUUCAUCUUUUCUCCGCUGUAAGCUAAAGAGGGGAACCAUUUUGACGAUCAUGAACCAUUGCUCUUUGUUUUUUUUUUUAUUGUUUGGCUUUUUCGCGGUUGAAAGGUAGUGUGAUGCGUUCACUAGAUAGGGCACUGAUGAUGAUGAUGAUUAUUAUGAUAAUACAAAAAGACAUGAUCUGUUUCGAUGAAAAUAAAAUGUUCUUUGUUUCUUUUUA